AUGAGCAACCUUACUGCGGGCGUUGACCCCGCCAAAUUCGUAAAUUCACCAAUCGCUCCAGAAGAUACAUCCAAAUCAUCAGCAAACUCAGAACGCACAGAGGUCCGACCCGCCGAACAAAAUGGCGUCCCCAUCGGACAAGGCGUGUUCGCAACGAUCGAUGUCAAAAAAGGGGCUGACGUUCUUGUCGUUGAUAAUCCCCUGAUUGCACUUGUGGAGGAAGCCCAAUUGCAAAAUAUAUGUUCUGGUUGUUAUGAUACUUCUAAAGCGGGGAGUAUCGACAACAGAAGGCCGGAUUUGGUCAAGGCUUGUACACGAUGCAAAGUGGUUUAUUACUGCGAUAAGAACUGUCAAAGAAAAGACUGGAAAGCUGGCCAUUCAUUGGAAUGCAAAACCUAUGCAGAGCUGUACCCCAAGAUCCUGCCACUGCCUGUCAGAGCUGUUCUCAGGAUCUUGAUGUUACGGAGAGCCGACAAAAUUAUUCCUGAAGUUUAUAGCGAGUCCCUGGCUCUUACUUAUCCUAAAAUUUAUGACUGUGUGGAGAGUCAGGAGACCAAAGAUCAUUUAUUGAUGGCCAAAGCUUUACGAGAAUAUAGUAACUUGACUGAUCUGGAUAACAAGUGGGUUGCAAGUUUAUUUGGAAGAUUGAACGCGAAUUCGUUUUGCUUGACAAGUGCGUUUGGUAGAAGACGUGGUGUAUAUUUCCAUCCAGGUCCCGCUCGCUUCAACCACAGCUGCGACCCCAAUGCUAGUUACUCAUUUGCCAAGGGGAAAUGCUAUAUCAGGGCCAUACGACCAAUUGCAAAGGAUGAACAAAUCUUCAUCUCCUAUGUUGACACUACUUACUCCGUUGGGACACGUAGACAUGAGCUCCAGGAACGCUACAGAUUCGAGUGUCAAUGUCCCAAAUGUCUGCACGAGGCAGCCACCAUAGAACCAGAGGAUCUCAUUAAACGCUCCGAACAUGAGCGAGAAACUAACGCAAAAAUCGACGAAAUCCUCAAAGCCAACAGCGCUAGCGGAUUUACAUCAGCGUGGAAGUUGAGUAGUAUGAUUCGCAUACUCUCAGAAAAAGCAGACUGGGACGCGGUAAAUACACAACAACAACCGCUCGCGGCAAUCAGGUCAGAGAUCAUGGCAAGUAAAGCCAAGGAUCAAUUGUACAAGAUGUCCGCAGUGGACGCGGCGAUUCGACAUUCACGAACUGAUCCGGCGCAGUAUCCGGAUGAGUGCCAUCCGAUGCGCCGUGAACACGCGCUCGAAUUCGUGUGGCACCUUAUGUACGCCAAUGAAUAUAUGCGUCCAGAAUUAAUGCGUUCAAGCAACGAUGACUACGAUCACUUGUUCAAUAUUCACGAGAUAUCGCCCCUUUUUUACGCCUAUAUGGUUGUUCAUUGGAUACUGACGGGAGACAUUACGUGCCGAACCAGCGUGCAGGAUGCAAAGAAGAAGAUGGAGGGGGUUGUGUGGCCUAAUCCACUUAUGAAAUCGGAUGCGGAGAGGCAUAUACCAUGGAUGACUGAGGAUCUCGAGGAGGCCGGGAUGUUGGGGAGGAACAGAGAUAAGAAUGUUCAGGAGCAUUUGAAGAAGAUGGAGGCUAUUGUCGUGGCGACUUUGGAGCAGGAAAAGAGGAAUAUGUGGUAG